GGUCACACUAUUGCACGAGAAAAUGGCGUAAAGAGUAUUUGUGUAGAAAUAUUAAAUCAAACAGCCUAGAAAAAUAGUUAUAGUUGUUAUUAAUCUCCGACAAGAAAUGUAUCCCGGCGGGAAUGCUAAUGCCGAUUUAGGCUAUAACAAGCAUGCCCAUGCCCACGGACUUGGUCACGGCCAAAAUCAGUUCCUGACGCAGCCUCCGCCACCACCCCCACACUUCGCGCUACCAACUGGCGGGCCACUAAACCCACUGGUGACCCCCAGCCUGCCGCUGGCCAUGCCGGGGGGUACUGGCAUUGAUUGGGCGCAGCUCGCGCAGCAACGGAUUCACAUGCGGGACGCUGGGGUCGUGAUGCCACCCGUAGCUCCACCGCCACCUAUUAUUGGAAAUGUUCCAGAGUUCCACCAUCAGGCGAUAGCUUUGCCGUUACCCAUCAUUGCCGUGCAGCCAACGCAUCCGCACUUAGAGGAGCAGGGUGAAGCGGACAUGGACAUGGACGAAGAGCCCGAGCGGGGUAAUGGUGCAGAAACGCCGCCCCCUCCGGCACCCGUGGUUACGCAAUCCCAAUGGCUAGCAGCCAGCGAAGCGGCUGCAUCUGACCCAUCAGCCGUCCCCACGAGUUUAGGCUCCUCUGGAGUUGCUGUCAUGCAUGGAAAGCAGCCGUGGAAUAGCUGGCAGUCCGGAAAACAAGCAAAUCCUACGGCGCACAUUCCCUCUUUGCUGAAACUGAACGUCAGCAAUCCCAAUGAGCCGCAGCAACAGCUGCAGUUGAAGAUGCCAUUACAGCCGCCGCAGCAGCAGCAGCAAAUAUUGGCGCACCAGCAGCAACAACAGCAACCGAACCACCAGCAAGAGAGCGAUGCCAGCGGCAGCGCCAGCACUGAGAUUGAUGCCAACAAACGGAAAAUGUUGCCAGCUUGGAUAAGGGAGGGCCUAGAGAAAAUGGAGCGUGAAAAACAGCGGCAGCUGGAGCGCCAACAGCUCUCCGCGCCAACGCCAGAUGUCGAUGGCAUCGAUGUUAAGCAAGUAUCAAGCAAAACACUAACUACACCUGUUAAUCUUUUGAACAUCGCAAAUGUGGCUAGCGACAGCGAAGACUCCGUCGGCCUGCCUGAGGACACACUUGGAAACUCGAGGGAGGAGCAAAUAGGUAAUGAGAUUUUGAGUAAGGCCAGAGAUAGCGGGAGCAGUGAUGAAGAGGAUGAGGAUAAUAAUAGCGAGCCGGGACAACAGGAGACGCUGACGGGAAUGCAGAGUUCGGCUGAGACCAAGGAGGCUCCGGUGAAUGGUAAAAACUACGAAGAAAGACUGGCAGAUCUGAUGCUCGCUGUGCGUCGCACACUCACCGAAAUCCUACUGGAAACCACGAAUGAAGAAAUUGCUGCCAUUGCUGGCGAGGCUCUGAAAGCGCACCGCGCCAAAGCGUCAUCAGCCCAAGUGAUUCGCAAAAGCGCCUUGUCUUCCAUUACCGGCAACUUGGGGCUAGCGGCCUAUGCCAGCGAUUCUUCCAGUGAAAGCGAAGAGGACGAGGACAAUGCCGAAGGAGAUCGUCAAGCGGACGCAGUCAAGGAUGGUGACAAGAGUGUACACUUGAGCGCGGAAGAUUUGAAGGCUCGCAUACGGCGCAGCAAAAGAUCCUUCGAGAGGGUCAUAGACGACAUUGAGAAUCGAAUGGCCCAACAGAAGGAGCGCGACGAAAAGACGCUACAAAGGCACCGCAGGCGGGAGCUUGCUGAUUCCGCAAGCGAGCGGCGCAGUCCGGUGGUCAAUGAGGAACUUCUCGAAGACCUGGCUAGUUAUCCCGCGCAUGACAAGCUGCAGCACUUUAAUGCGGGAAAACGUCCUAGCCGCAAGGAGCGCACCACACGCUUCAGCGACAACAAGGAUGGCAAACACCAGUCCCAUAGCUACGUCCAUCAGGUGGUAGCAGCUGCUGCAGUAUCACCGCCAAGCCGCGUCGUCGCUGGCGCUGUGCCGCAGAAGCUGAAACCAGUUCCCAAUCCGGCCACCAACCUGUUGCAGAUGCCGGAAUCAGUAACUACUAUGCUUAAUGCGGCGGACAAGGCGCUUCAAAGUGCUAACAAGUCAUCGAGCAAGGCCAAGAGCAGCCGGCGUCGAUCGUCCAGUGCGUCUUCCUCAAGUAGCAGUAGUGACAGCAGCUCCAGUGACAGUGAUAGCAGUUCCAGCGAUUCAAAGACCUCUAGCAGUCGAAGCAAGCGCAGCAGUAGACACGGGCACUCUGAUCGGGGCAGUAGCCGAAGCAAAUACGAUCGCCGUGACCGCGAUAGGAAAAAGGAACAGAACCGGGACAGAGACAGAGACAGGGACCGAGACCGAGACCGUCGCCAGCGCCACCACUACAGCGGUGGAAGUAGUAGCAGCCGGAAGAGCGACAGGCGUAAUCGAGAUUCCAGCCGAUCUCAAGAAGAUGAUAGAGGAAGCAAUAGCCAGCACCGGUCUUCAAGGCACCGUAGCAGCCGUAGCCACGACCACGGCAGCAGCAGCAGCAGCAAACGGCGAAGUUACCGGUCGAGAUCCCGCUCCAAGUCUCGCAGCACCCACCACUCCCAUUCGAAUUCGAAAUCGCACUCCUCUUCUUCCGCGUCUCAUUCACGCAAACGCCACUAGACUUUGAUUAUAGAUACUUGUUGAAUUGUACAUUUUUCUAUUUUUCUUCUGUUUUGAAUGCUUUUAGUAAACUAUUUUAAUCACGCUUAAAACGAUGCCAAUUUUUAUUAAUACUUUUGAUCUAAGCAAGUACCUCUUUUGAUUCUAAAUACAG